UUUUUUUUUUUUUUUUUUUUCGGAACUUUAGGCUUUUAUUUUUAUUUUUUCCGGCUUCGAAUGGCCAACUACCGCAGCCAGAGCGGCUGGUUUGACAUACAGUUUGUGCAGGAAAGCGUCAACCUGUCGCAUGAACGACAGCCAAAGCAAGGCGGACUCAAGUUCACAGACCUCGAGUACCUGCAGCUGCAGCGCAACGGCGCAUGGGAGGUUCUGUCGCAGUGGGGAAACUCGAUCCUGGAGGGCAAGGAGAUUGUCAACCUCGAGUUUCCGAUCGAGUUUUUCGAGCCACGGACAGUGCUCGAGCGCCUCGUCCUCGGCUUCUGCUAUGCUCCUGCAUUCCUUUCUACCAUAGCACGACCAGUGCCUCCGUCAGGCGCUCAAUCAGCAGACGAGCUGGCCUUGCAGCGCUUCAAAAGCGUCAUUGCGUUCGCCUUCUCGGGCUUGCAUUUGAGUCCUACUCAGCGCAUGCCGUUCAACCCUGUGCUUGGUGAGACCUUCCAAGCCACGCUAGAAGACAACACUGCCGUUUUUGUCGAACAAGUGAGCCACCAUCCACCAAUCUCCCGAUGGGAGGUCUCGGGACCUGCUGGAGACUACAUCUUCCGUGGCCAAGUAGGCUGGUCGGUCUCUGGAUUUGGCAAUUCGAUGAAGUCGCAGCAAAAAGGCGAAUGCAGUAUUGAGUUCACUUCCACCGGCCAGAAGGUCACCUUUGACUUGCCGUAUGUUUCGAUUGGCGGCUUGCUCGUGGGCGACCGCACCUUUGACUUUGGCGGGACGAUGCACUUCCACGACCACGCCAACCAGCUGUCGUGCGACCUGACCUUCCAUCCCGACUCUCGCUCUGGCCUUUGGCGCCGGCUAUUCCGCAGCAACAAGACGCUGCGAGAUGUUGCGCGCGGCGUCAUUGUACGCGGCCGAGAGGAAGUUUGCGCGGUGGACGGGUCCUGGCUGUCCCACUUGGACAUUGGCGCAGAGCGCUUCUGGGAGCUGGGCCAGCAAAAACCAAGCUCCGUGUUUCCCGUCGCAGACCCUCUUCCGACUGACAGUCGCUUCCGUGAAGACGUCCAGGCCCUGGCAGAAGGAGAUUUGGAACGCGCCGAAGAGCUCAAGACGCUCACCGAAGAGAAGCAGCGCUAUCUUCGACGCGUCGAGCAAGCGAGCGGAGCCUCGCCACAAGCCACCAGCAAUGCACUGUACGAAAAGGCUGCUCCCCUGUCCGACUCGAAGCAUGGCGCAGACGCCAAGGCCUUUUCCCGUUCCAACCUGUUGUUGCACGACCUCGCGCCUGGCUCGCCCAGCAAGCGCAAGUCGCACGUGAGCCUGAAUAGCGCAGACGACGAAUCCUUCUACGAUGCCUCGGAGACGUACGGGGACAGCCAGCAGUCGAGUCGCCGCCAAAGCUUGGAGCGAUCGCGCCUCGAUUCCCCCAGCAAUCGGUCAACGUCGAAAAGCGCCGUUCCGCACUAAACAGAGCACUGUUAAGGACUAGGUGAAUAGUUAUUUUUUGGAAACAGUGUUUCUUGUUGUUAAUAUAUCAAUUUGUUGCUC